AUGCAUCUCGUCACUUUGGCUACCUGUAACUUGGAUCAAUGGGCCUUGGAUUUCUCGGGCAAUCUUGAGAGAGUGAAGCAAAGCAUUAAAAUUGCCAAGGAGAAGGGAGCCAGAUAUCGUAUGGGCCCAGAACUGGAAUUGUCUGGAUACGGUUGCCAAGAUCACUUUUUAGAAACAGACACCUAUACACAUUCCAUGGAAUGUUUGGCCGAAAUUUUGUCAACCGAUCUUACCAAUGAUAUUCUUGUGGAUAUCGGUGUGCCUAUCAAACACAAAGGAGUCAAUUACAAUUGUAGAAUUUUUGUUCUUAACAAAAAGCUACUCCUUAUUCGUCCAAAAUUGUUUCUAGCUAAUGACGGAAACUACAGAGAAACUCGUUGGUUUUGUGCAUGGACAAAGAGAUUUACUGUCGAAGAUUUCGUCUUGCCCGAUUUCAUUAGAGAGUUAACUGGACAAAGAACAGUACCAAUUGGUGAUGCUAUUGUGUCACUCAAUGAUACAGAGUUGGCUGUUGAAACAUGCGAAGAAUUAUUCACUCCAAACUCUCCAAAUAUUUAUCUAGGUUUAGAUGGUGUUGAAAUUAUUAGCAAUGGAAGCGGUUCUCAUUCGUCACUUGGAAAAUUGCAUACUCGUGUUGACCUUAUUAAAAAUGCAACUGCAAAGAAUGGACUCGUCUAUCUGUAUGCCAACCAACAAGGAUGCGAUGGUGAUCGCUUAUAUUUUGAUGGUUGUGCAAUGAUCAGCGUCAAUGGAGCAGUUCUUGCUCAGGGAAGUCAAUUCUCCCUUAAAGAAGUUGAAGUUGUCACAGCAAACGUCGAUUUGGAUCAAGUUCGAGCUUUCAGAAACAAAAUAGCAAGUAGAGCAGUUCAAGCUUCUGAAGCCAUAGCAUUCCCACGCGUUAGAGUUGAUUUUACCUUAAAAAACGAUCAUUAUUCUCAACGAUUGAAACCCACACGUCCCAUUGAAGUUCGAUACUUUUCAAAAGUUGAGGAAAUUUCUCUCGGGCCUGCCUGCUACUUGUUUGAUUACUUGAGACGUUCCAAUCAGGGUGGAUUCUUCUUGCCACUAUCUGGAGGCGCUGAUUCCAGCUCAGUUGCAGCUAUUGUGGGUCAAAUGUGUCAACUCAUUCACAAAGACUGCACAGAUCCAGCCAAUUCGUUGGAAGAUGAAUACAAUAAGAAUAUUAUUUUGAAAGAUAUUCGUAGAAUUUGUUGCAAAGAUGAUUCUUGGAUUCCAUCCUCACCCAAAGAAAUUGCGAAUAUUAUUUUUACCACAUGUUACAUGGCAACAGUCAAUAGCUCUGCAACCACACGAAAUCGUGCACGAAAAGUCGCAGAAGAAAUUGGUGCCCAUCAUAUGGAAAUAUCCAUUGACAAUGUUGUAGAUUCCAUGAAAGAGCUUUUUGUGAAAUCGACUGGAAAAACACCACGUUUUGAUGGAACCUAUGGAGAAAAUAUUGCAUUGCAAAAUAUUCAAGCAAGAUUGAGAAUGGUCGUGAGUUAUUUCUUUGCUCAAUUAAUGAAUUGGAGUAGAGACAUGCCACCAAAGAAUUUGUUAGUGCUCGGUUCUUCGAAUGUGGAUGAAGCUCUCAGAGGAUACUUUACAAAGUAUGACUGUAGCUCAGCUGAUAUUAAUCCGAUCGGAAGUAUCAGUAAGACAGAUUUGAAGAAAUUCUUGUAUUAUGCUGCUCAAAAUUUGGGAUAUCCUUCCCUGAUGGAUGUACUAAUUGCAAAACCCACUGCUGAGCUUCAACCUUUGGAGUCCAAUCAAACCGACGAAGAAGAUAUGGGAUUAACCUAUGAUGAAUUGUCACGUUUUGGAGAGCUACGAAAAAUUCAAGGAAAUGGCGUUGUAGAAAGUUUCAAAAAUUUAGUGUACGAAUGGAGAGACAAAAUGAGCGUUCAACAAAUUGCAGAUAAGGUCAAACAUUUUUUCAAAUAUUAUGCCAUCAAUAGACACAAGAUGACCACUUUAACACCUGCCUAUCAUUGUGAAUCCUAUUCUCCCGAGGAUAAUCGAUUUGAUUUGAGACAAUUCCUCUACAAUGUUGCCUUUCCUUGGCAAUUUAAGAAAAUUGAUGAACUAGUCAAGAAGUAUCAGGAAGAGGAGGAAAGAGAAAAGUAG